UAAAAAUAAAAUUGUCGAAUGGAGUGAAUAGAAUUUUACAGAGUGCCGUGACACUGGCGCUAGAAGAGAGCCAUUAAAAUUCGGCGAGGUGAAUUUACUGGAAUAAAUUGAGGGAGUUUGAGCCUCGAAAGGGGAAAAGUGCAAACACAAGACUCUGUCCGGAUGCCCACCGCGAGUAUCUCUAUAUCUCUAUGUAAUACACUGAAAAUCUAAAAGUUGUGCAUUGUCAGUGAAUAAACGGAACCGAUUGUUGCGCCAUGUGGAUCACCCGGUGAAAAACUUUUCUAACACUUUUCUUUCUAUACUUUUAUUUAUUUUAUUUUUUAUUAAGCUGCAUUGCUUUCUUACUUUCUUACUUACUUACUUUCUUUCUCGAGUUCGCGCCAAGUGGUUCAACUCAAAGUCACUCGUUCCCUCAUUCUUUCUAUGUCUGUGUCUCUAUAUAUAUAUAUAUAAAUCUAGGCAAGAGUGAAGCGAAAAAAUAUUUAAAAAAAGUAAAAGGACGCGAAAUAAAAAAAAGUAAAAAGGGCGAAGGAGUGAGCAGCAGCAGAACGUUGGAGACAAAUGGCAAACGACGUAGCUGGCACGUUUCAACCAGAAUCAGUAUUAGUAAAUCCAUCUACAGGAGACCAAAUACCAGGAGGAACAAGUUUUAGAUGCAUUAAUUUGGAUCGAAGAGAUAGUUUUCCUUUACCACAAAAUGGCCGAUCAUCAAGUCUACGUAGACAAAGCAUUGCUUUGAAUACUAUUAUCAAUCAUAGACGAGCUUUAAUUGGAGCGCUGAUAUCAGGCAUCGGCAGUAACCUGUCUUUGCCAUCUUGUGUACCACAAGAUCAAAGUCCCGGACAAAGCAACAGCACAACGACAUUUGCGGGAAACCAUGACUCGUGUUCACAGCAUUGUGAUGGCAGUACUGAUUAUCAUCAGUCUUAUACCCGAGGAUCAUCUCAACACAGUUCUAAGCUACUUCAACUCACGCCAGUCAAUACUGCAGCUAUACCACUGAGUGCUCUGGAAACCUCUAAAUGUAAGUCAAAUAAUUGUCACCGACGCAACGGAGUUUCAUCCCGGCAUCGGAAAGAAAAGCAUCGAGCGGAAUUAAUAUCAACGGUCAGCACACUUUAUGCUAAACUGCUGAUAGUUGUUGGGGUGACGGUUCCAGUAACGGCCAGUGUAAGCCACCGAGUGCCUGCUGCCCUCGAUCAGGGAUUUUACUUGUAUUUGUAUCUGGUCAGUGUGGGAUUCGUCAUCACAAUGUACACUAUCUUGCUUCGAGAUAAAGCUGUUAAGAAAAUGCUAACCCAGAACAGAAAAGACGGAAUGGCUUUUGUGCUGGACGACUUUAAUGGAAAACGUCAAAGUUUUCAGGCACAGCAGUAUGGAAGCUUUUGUCUGCGUCUGGGUGCCAUUGGGUUCGGAGCGGGCUCGUUAGUGUUUAGUGGAUUGCAAAUCGGUGCUGCUAUUGCCUCUGCUGGACCAUUCAAAGCGAUUACACCAAGUGCGAGGCUUCUUUUAGUAACCGCUCAAAUGCACUUUAUAUUUUUGAAUAGCAAAGAUCUUGAGCUCGCUAAGCACAGCGCUCUUGCUAAAUUAGGGCUCAUGCAUAUGAUUGCUACCAAUCUCUGCGAAUGGCUCCAGGCGCUUGUAGAGGAGACGAGACAUGAAAUAGCACAAUUAGAAUUACACGAUCAUGAGCUCAAUGAAGAGGGAAUAUUGAAGACGCUUUUAACAGACGCAAGUCCCUUUUUAUUUCCUUGCACUAUUGAAUUUAGUCUCAUUUGCGCAGUUAUUCUUUUUGAAAUGUGGAAACGCGUUGACAGAAUUAUUAUCGUUAAACACGACGGUUCGACGAGGUCAUUACAUCAAUUGAGCAUUGACUGCAGCAACGCCCACAAAGGACUCUUUGGAGGGAUUUUAGUAAUCGCAGCGACUGUCCUCAGCUUAAUAAUGUUUUUCGUUCUGAAAAAAUCUAAACCGAAAAUGGCUAUUGAGCAAGUGACUGCUUUAGAAACAGCUAUUUUAAUUGCGGGUGGAAUCGCAUCUGUAAGUUGUGCAUUUAAAUUACGACGUUUAGAAUUGAGGAACACGAAACCCGCACCUCAUCUUGACUCGACUUUGUUGGCAGCCGCACAAGCGGGUGUCUAUCUCCAUUGUUUAUUCGGUGCAGUCGGCGGGAUAUUGACAAUGGGCCCAACUUGGGUGCUAUCACUUACUGCUGAUUUCAUCGCUUUGAUUCAAAGCACUAGUCAAACUCUUCUAGUCAAGAUUGCCUGGAGAAGACGUUCCUCCUCGACGAGGAAGCCCGGCAAGGAGAUCGUGACCUUCCUCAUAGUCGUCAACAUUGCGCUGUGGGCAGUGAACACUCUGGAGAAGUCUCGCGCGGACGUCAGACCCGACCAUCUGAAAUUCUUCGGAGUCUGGGCCUGGACCAUCAUCACCCACGUCUCGAUGCCUCUGGCGAUAUUUUUCAGGUUCCACUCGGCGAUUUGUUUGUUCGAAGUUUGGAAAAGUUGCUACAAAUACAAGCCCCCGAUUCCCCAAACUCGCCCAUAAU